AUGACAGCCCUUCAUCCCUCCGCAGUGGGGGCAUCUUCCGACAGCUCAGGCACAUCCUCGAACCCACGAUUCACGCCGGUGUCCUAUGACCAAGACAGUGAUUCCCAAGCACCGGGACCGGCCAAAUCACAUAUCGGCUCAUUGCGCGUGGAAACCAACUUCGACGACCACCCAGAUGUCGGCGACCCUCUAUCCGAUUUCGAGAACGAGUACAAUCCCAGUGAGGAGCUCGAGGGCAAGUUCCGCCGAGGCGGAUCGGCGCCGAGAUAUACAUCCGAGGAGGAGAGUGAGGUAGUGAAGAGAUUUGAUCGACGGCUGGUCCCGUUCCUGGCUCUUCUUUACCUGCUCUCCUUCCUAGAUCGCUCGAAUAUCGGAAAUGCAAAGAUAGCUGGUCUAAAGGAAGAUCUUCACCUAUCAUCUUCUCAAUAUGAGUGGCUUCUUACUGCUUUUUACAUUACUUACAUUCUGUUUGAAUGGAUGACACUUAUGUACCGCCUUGUGCCACCACAUAUCUAUAUCUCUCUGUGUGUAUGUGGCUGGGGGCUUGUUGCCUCCUUUCAAUGUCUGACGACUUCUUUUUGGGGGUUGGUCAUUCUCCGCGCUUUACUUGGAAUCACUGAAGCGGCUUUUGGUCCCGGUGUACCGUUUUACCUGUCGUUGUUCUACCGCCGACAUGAAUUGGCCUUCCGGAAUGGUUUAUUUAUUUCAGCAGCACCACUAGCGACAUCAUUUGCGAGCAGUCUGGCAUUCUUGAUUGUCAAAUUCAGCAGCGAGGGUCCCAUCUCACCUUGGCGCACACUGUUCCUCGUCGAGGGUUUCCCGAGUGUGAUUGUUGCUGUGUUUGCUUGGUUCUUGAUUCCGGACUCCCCAGGUCAAGCUCGAUUCUUGAAUCCUCGACAAAGAAUGGUGGCUCAACAGCGUCUUGAGGAGAAUACGGUCGACUAUCAGCAAUCAUAUGGAAGCCGGUUUAAUUGGCGAGAGAUCUUGAAGACUGCAUCAGAUCCCAAAGCAUAUAUGGCUGCUUUCAUGUUCUUUAGUUGCAACGUGGCUUUCAGCUCAAUGCCCGUCUUUUUGCCCACAAUCAUUAAAGACAUGGGAUAUUCCCCAUUACAGUCACAGGCCCUCUCAGCGCCCCCGUAUCUAGUCGCCUUCGUCGUGGUCCUUGUCACAGCAUACGCCUCAGACCGCAGCCGCUCCCGAAGCCCUUACCUCAUAGCCCAUGCCCUCAUCUCAUCCUUAGCCUACCUAGCAAUCGCACUAACAGGCCACUUUCAUUCACACCUACCGCCAGCAGCUCAUACCUUCAUACGCUACAUCUGCGUUUAUCCGGCGACUGCAGGAUUCUUCUCGGCUAUUACCUUGAUUAUAACCUGGUCAAUGGACAAUAGAGUCGAAAAAGAAGGCAAAGGCGCAAGCAUAGCCAUCCUAAAUAUCAUCGGCCAAUGUGGCCCAUUACUCGGCACAAGGCUUUAUCCUGAGUCUGACGGGCCGUGGUAUGUUCGUGGUAUGGCUGUCUGCUCGUUCUUCAUGGUUGUAGUUGCGGUACUGGCUCUGGCUAUGCGGAUCCUUCUACAGAGAAUGAACUGUGCUGUUGCGGAUUCCACUUACACAAUUGUUGAACAGGCUGGGCCUGUGGGUCAGGGCGAAGAGCGGGACGUGCUUAUGGGUGGUGGCAGGAGGGAUGAUUUAGAACAUUCUACUGGAGAAAAGCGACUCGUGUACAUAAUUUAG